AUGGAAAGGUUCUUUAAAAGGAAAUCAGACAUGUUGCAACCCCCUGCAAAUUGUGAAAUAUCAAAAGACAUUCGUGUUGAGGCAGAGAUAAAUUUGUCAGAGCUACCAUCAGAUCCUGGAUUGCGAAAGAAAAUUUCAGACUACCCUUUGAGUAUUCAAGACCAAGUUCGAAGAGUAUAUUUGCAAAAGGGUCCUUGUGGUGAUGCUUUUAGUAGUAAGGGUUAUCAAAAUUGGAAGGAGAAAUCAAGGCUAUAUGUUCAUGUCGGAGACCUCAACAGCGCCCAUAAUCAUGCUUUGAGAAAGUGUGAGGAUCUCAUGAAUGAAAGACAACACAUUCGAAAUAUCAUCAACAAGAAUGCUAAGCAAUCCAGAACAAAUUAUCGAAUUCGACUCACUGCAUCAGUAGAAUGUAUACGGUUCCUUCUAAGACAAGGUCUUGCAUUCCGGGGCCAUGAUGAGUCAGAAAAUUCAAGCAAUCAAGGUAACUUUGUUGAGCUUUUACAAUUUCUUGCUGAUCAUGAUGAACAAAUUAGAGCUGUGGCAUUGAAAAACGCUCCAGCGAACCUCAAAUUGACAUCACCAACAAUUCAGAAAGAGAUAGUAAAUGCUGCAGCAGUUGAAACGACAGAUGCUAUAAUUAGAGACAUGGAUAAUGCAUUGUUCUCCAUUUUAGUUGAUGAAGCUAGAGAUGUUUCUAUAAAAGAGCAAAUGGCUGUAAUUUUUCGUUAUGUGGAUAAAAGGGGUUGUGUGAUUGAACGUUUUAUUGGCAUUGUACAUGUUGCCAAUACCACUGCCAGAACACUCAAAAAAGCUGUAGAUGAAUUGCUUAGUAAGCAUAAAUUGAGCAUAUCAAGUUUAUGUGGUCAAGGCUUCGAUGGAGCAAGUAAUAUGAGUGGGGAACUGAAUGGCUUAAAGACACUUAUUUUGAAGGAUAAUCCCACUGUUUUCUAUGUCCUCUGUUUUGCACAUCAGCUUCAGUUAGCUUUGGUGGCUGUGGCAAAGAAACAUAGUAUUGUAGGUGCUUUCUUCACAUCAGUUGCUAAUGUUGUGAAUAUUGUUGGUGCCUCUUCCAAACAUCGAGACAUUCUUCGAGAAAAGCAGGCUCUUAAUGUUAUUCAAGCAUUGAAAGUUGGAGAACUUUCAAGUGGAAGAGGGUUAAAUCAAGAAAUUGAGAUUAAACGUACAGCCGUUGGAGCUCACAUUAUGUUUGCAUUUGAUGAGGAUUGUACUGGUAUUAGUCAUGAGUUGUCCCAAGCAUUGCAAAGAGAUGAUCAAGAUAUAGUAAAUGCAAUGGAUUUAGUGAAAAUAUGCAAGAGAAAGUUGCAGAAUUUGAAGGAUAAUGGAUGGGAUUCUUUACUAGACCAAGUUGUUAUUUUUUGUGGCAAAGAGAAUAUCAUGGUUCCCAACAUGAGUGAGCAGCAUAUAUGUAAAAGAAAAUCAAAGCGGAAAAGUCCAGAAAUCACAAACUUGCACUAUUAUCGUUUUGAUUUCUUUUGUGCUGUGAUAGAUCUCCAACUUGAAGAGUUGAACAAUCAUUUCAAUGAGGGUAAUACAGAGCUACUCCUUUGUAUUGCAUGUUUGAGUCCGAAUUAUUUAUUUUCUGCUUUCAACAUGGAACGUUUGAUGCUUCUUGCUAGCUUUUAUCCGACUGAUUUUUCUACAACUGAGCUAUUGUUACUGGAGUCACAGCUAGAUAUAUAUAUCGAUGACAUGCAAUCAAACACUAAAUUUCAAGACUUGCAUGGGAUUUCUGAUCUAGCACAGAAACUUGUUGAGACAGGAAAGAGUAGGACAUAUAUGUUUGUCUAUAAGCUCAUUACCUUGGCACUAGUACUUCCAGUUGCAACAACCACAGUUGAAAGAGCAUUCUCUGCCAUGAACAUUGUAAAGAAUAGAACGCGAAAUCAGAUGGGAGAUUAG